AGUGAUCUGUAUAUAAGGGAAACCUCUGCCUUGGCAAAACCAUUCCAAACUAGGCAGCUGAAAGUGACAUUGAGUUGCCUAAAAUGGCAAACCUUAAGGCAAUUUUACUAAGUUUGGCCUUCAUGGUCAGUAUCAUAUCUACUGUUGUAACAGCAGACGAUUAUGGAAUGUUUCUUCGGAAAUCAUCACCACCUCCGCCCAAGUACGAGAGACCUCCUUAUUACAAAACACCUCCACCACCUUACGUCUACAAGUCAUCUCCACCACCUCCAUCUCCCUAUAUUUACAAACCCCCACCGCCAUUCUAUGUAUAUAAAUCUCCUCCUCCACCCUCCUCACCACCUCCCUUCCCUCCCUCACCACCAAUUAAAUCUCCACCUCCGCCUUUCAUCUACGGUUCUCCACCACCACCACCACCGUCUCCAUUGAUUCCUCCACCAUCCCCUCAUGUAUAUUCACCACCUCCACCACUAUCAUCUCCCCCACCUCCAUUGACAUCACCACCACCUCCAUUAUCUUCACCACCUCCACCAACAUUUUCCCCACCCCCUCCUCCACUAUCAUCUCCACCACCUCCACUAUACUCACCGCCGCCACCAACAUUUCCACCACCUCCUCCUCUAUCAUCUCCCCCACCUCCACUAACAUCACCACCUCCACCAACAAUUUUCCCACCCCCUCCUCCACUAUCAUCUCCGCCACCUCCAUCAUACUCACUGCCGCCACCAACAUUUUCACCACCACCUCCUCCUCUAUCAUCUCUCCCGCCUCCACCAACAUUUUCACCACCCCCUCCUCUAUUAUCUCCCCCGCCUCCACCAACAAUUUCCCCACCCCCUCCUCCACUAUCAUCUCCGCCACCUCCAUCAUACUCACCGCCGCCACCAACAUUUUCACCACCACCUCCUCCACUAUCAUCUCCCCCACCUCCUUUAUCAUCACCACCACCUCCAACACCACAGUCACCUCCCCCUCCAUCAUUUUCACCACCGCCCCCUCUUUCGUCACCUCCACCCCCGUUAUCUUCACCACCUCCGCCAGCAUUCUCCCCACCCCCUCCUCCACUAUCAUCUCCACCACCUCCGAUAACAUCACCACCUCCACCGACAAUUUCCCCACCCCCUCCUCCACUAUUAUCUCCGCCACCUCCAUCAUAUUCGCCGCCUCCACCAACAUAUUCCCCACCCCCUCCUCCUCUAUCAUCUCCCACACCUCCAUUAACAUCACCGCCUCCACUAAUACUUUCCCCACCCCCUCCUCCACUAUCAUAUCCGCCACCUCCAUCAUACUCACCACCACCGCCAACAUUUUCACCACCACCCCCUCCACUAUCAUCUCCCCCACCUCCAUUAUCAUCACCACCACCUCCAACACCACAGUCACCACCCCCUCCAUCAUUUUCACCACCGCCCCCUCUUUCGUCACCUCCACCCCCAUUAUCUUCACCCCCUCCGCCCGCAUCUUCCCCGCCCCCUCCACUAUUAUCUCCACCACCUCCGCCGACAUUUUCCCAACCCCCUCCUGCACUAUCAUCUCCACCACCUCCAUCAUACUCACCGCCGCCACCAACAUAUUCACCACCACCUCCUCCUCUAUCAUCUCCCCCACCUCCAUUAACAUCACCGCCUCCACCAAUAUUUUCCCCACCCCCUCCCCCGCUAUCAUAUCCACCACCUCCAUCAUACUCACCACCGCCGCCAACAUUCUCACCACCACCCCCUCCACUAUCAUCUCCCCCACCUCCAUUAUCAUCACCACCACCUCCAACACCACAGUCACCACCCCCUCCAUCAUUUUCACCACCGCCCCCUCUUUCAUCACCUCCACCCCCGUUGACUUCACCACCUCCGCCAGCAUUUUCCCCACCCCCUCCUCCACUAUUAUCUCCACCACCUCCAUUAUACUCACCACCCCCGCCGACAUUUUCCCCACCCCCUCCUGCACUAUCAUCUCCACCACCUCCAUCAUACUCAUCACCGCCACCUCCUCCUCUAUCAUCUCCCCCACCUCCAUUAACAUCACCGCCUCCACCAACAUUUUCCCCACCCCCUCCUCCACUAUCAUCUCCACCACCACCGCCAACAUUUUCACCACCACCUCCUCCACUAUCAUCUCCCCCACCUCCAUUAUCAUCACCACCACCUCCAACACCACAGUCUCCACCCCCUCCAUCAAUUUCACCACCACCCCCUCUUUCGUCACCUCCACCUCCGCCAAUAUUUUUCCCACCCCCUCCUCCACUAUCAUCUCCACCACCUCCAUUAUACUCUCCACCGCCACCAGCAUUUUCACCACCACCCCCUUCACUAGUUUCACCACCGCCUCCUGUGUAUACAUCACCACCACAUCCCGUAUAUUCACCACCACCACCGCCGCCUCAACUCUCAACUCCACCUCCACAUCCAAUUCCUCCACCGCCUGCACCUUAUUACUACAUCUCCCCACCACCUCCUUCAUCACUCUCUUCGCCACCCCCAACCUAUUAUAACAAGUCCCCAUCACCUCCUCCGCCUCGUUACUACUAAAAGCCACCAACCCCCAUCUCACAGACACCACACCACCCACCCCUAUUUCACAUACGCCACCACCCUUCCGCUAUAAGUAACCUUCAACUGCUUAAUUAUUCUUAUUCCUCACUCUGUUCACAACAUAGCUCUGGAUGGAUACAAAGCAAAAGAUGACAGAUUUGGAUCUAGCUUGCUUCCCGCCAUUACAAUUUUAUGUUAUUUAAAUUGCUCUUUCCA